AUGUUAGGCCGAAUUUCUGUUGUAAAGUUGCAGGCAUUAGCCUCUGAGUUGAAGGCGGGUUUCACAGAAGCAAUGCAGGAGCUGUCGCGAAUCCAGCAUGGCGAGUACGCCCUGGAGGAGAAGGUCAAGAGCUGCCGCUGUGCCAUGGAAGAGAAAGUGGCUGAGAUGAAGAAUUCCCUCAACACCUUCAAGGAGGAGCUCAGCGAUGCGAAGUCAAUGAUUGAAGAAAUCAGUGCCAAGCAGGAGGAAAUGCAACAGAAGAUUGAGCAGCUGCAGCAAGAGAAGCGGCGGGAAUCACGGAAAGUGAAAGCUAAAAGAGCACAGAAGGAUGAUCAUGGGUCACAGACAGUGCCUACACCUCUUCAGGGCAGCCCAUUUCGAUCCAUUAACCUCCCAGAACCUGUGCUGAUCAAUGAAGAUUUUACAAGUCUUUUACACAACGUGACUUACGAAAAAGUGUCUGACACCAGGAUCAUGCCAAUGGGAGAAGGAAGUGUGAAAGUCGUAGCAGGUCCAGGAGCAACCAUGGAGACAGAUGACAGCCUCAAGCCUCCCUUGGCAACCGAGGGGCAGUCGAAAGCGCACCUGCCAUCGACAGUGUGGAAGCAGCCCAAGGACACCAAGGACUGGGGUGAUGAAUACAUUUCCAAAGAGCAGCCGGAGAGAGGGAAAGACAUGGGCCAAAGCAGAUACAGCUCAGCAGACAACAUUAUAUGCGAACCCUCUUUGGCUGCCAAAAGGCAGAACAUCGCUUUGGAGCUGCUGGAGUCCGAAAGGAAAUAUGUCAUCAACCUUUCCCUAAUCCUGAAGAUCAAGGCGACGUUGCAAGGGCCAGAUGUGAAAAGAAGCACCAAAGAGAGAAGUUUCUUCCCCAACUCUUUGCGGUACCUGGUCCAGCAGCAUGUCGAUUUACUUCACGCUCUACAGGAGCGAGUCCUGAGCUGGCCACGACAAGGGAUCCUGGGAGACAUCUUCCUGAAAUUAACAAACGAUGAGAAUAAUUUUCUGGACUACUAUGUUGCUUACCUGAGGGACCUGCCGGAAUGCAUCUCUCUGAUUCACGUGGUGAUCCUGAAGGAGGUAGAAGAAGAAAUCAAGUCGGAUCUCUACAUUUUGUUCUUCCAUAUAGUCCAGCGAAUCCCUGAAUACCUUAUUCAUCUACAGAAUGUCCUGAAGUUCACGGAGCAAGAGCAUCCUGACUAUUACCUGCUGCUGGUGUGUGUGCAGCGCCUCCGGGUUUUCAUCUCACACUAUAGCCUCCUCUUCCAAUGCAAUGAAGACCUGCUUAUACAGAAGAGGAAAAAGUUGAAGAAGUCAUCCCUGGUCAAGUUGUACAAAGGUCUCACCUCUCAGUGUACAAGCCAAGAGGUUUCUCCAACGCCCAGUGCGGCAUCUAUCCGUGACAGCGGGAUCCACUCUGAAGAGACAAUACAGUCAUUCCCACCAGCACCUUCCUCUGGCACGACAACCCCGCAUUUGAUGCCCCAGAUGAAGAAACCCCAGCCAACCGUGAUGGAGAACAUCCAGGCUGUAAAGCCCCCUGAUUGGGAAAUGGAAAGUAGAAAACAUGAGAGGCCAGAGAACAUCCUUGCAUCCUCUCAGCUCACAGAGCAGGAACUCAAGGCUCUGACAGCCCCCUUACAAUCCAUCCCUGAAAUGGAGUAUGAAGCACCACCAGCCGACGCAGUGGGAAACCCUGAGAGAGCCAUCAGGACCUCUGUGGAGCUGCUGCAGGAUGCGAGGAACUUUGCGCCGAGCUAUGAAGAGUUUGACUACCCUGGGGAGGUUUUCACCCUGCCAGGCCCCUACGAAGAUGAUGCCUUCCAAAACCUCGCUCUCUUUGAGAAUUGCUCCCCGGCCUCUUCUGAAUCCAGCUUAGACAUUUGCUUCCUUAGGCCUGUUAACUUCACAUCAGAACCAGAGAGGACUGAUCAUGCCUUACAGCCAUUGCCUAAGAGCUGCACUCCUGUAAGCAGCAGUACUUACAAGCGUGAGAUGUUCCACAGCAAAGGCAAGCAGCUGAGCAGGUCUCUGAAGGAGCUGCCAAGGAGCGCUGAGGGCGUGAGCACCAGACUCUACAGCACACGGAGCAGCAGUGGGAGCCGGCUGCAGCAGAAGCAGGAGAGGAAUGUCCAGCCUCACAUGAUCUCAGCCUCAUCUCGAAGCUCCCAAAGGAGCUACUUCCCCCCUCAGAGAGCAGCGGGUGAAAAACAGAGCUUUUUGGAAGAGCUCCAUGCAGAAGACAACACCAGGUUCUGCCAGAAGGAUGACAAUGAGCAAACAUCCUUCAGCGACCACAACCCACGGCACGAGCCCAAGGGGGGUUUCCGGAGCUCCUUCCGCAAGCUCUUCAAAAAGAAAUAAGCAGCCCC